AUGCCCAGACACCUGCAUGCAGAGUUCCUACACUCCGCCCGCGCACAGGACCUGCUCAUGCAGGCCCUGGCGGAGUGGAGAAUUGCCGUUGCUGUCGUGGCCGAGCCCUACCACAUCCCAUCCCAACCACACUGGGUCGGGGACAAGGAGGGCUCGGUCGGAAUGGUGGUGCCGCCAACGGGCCCGCAACACCUCUCUCUCAGGGAGAGGGGCGCGGGUUACGUGGCGGCAAACUGGGGAGAAGUAGUGCUCAUCGGAGUCUACUUCUCCCCGAACAGGAGCCUCUCACAAUUCGAGAGGUUCCUGGAUGGCCUGGAGCUGGUGGUGCGGAGGGCAUUGCCAGCCCAGGUCAUCGUGAUGGGGGACCUCAAUGCUAAGUGCGCGGCUUGGGGAUCCCCCAUCACCGACGUCAAGGGGGCGCACCUUCGGGAUUGGGCCCUCACUAUCGGCCUGGUCCCGGAGAACCGGGGCAGCGCCUUCACAUGCGUGCGCGCGCGGGGUGGCUCGGUCGUUGACGUGACGUUCGCCACCCCCAGUAUCGGCGCGCACAUCUCGUGUUGGCGCGUCCUGGAGGAUGUGGAGACCCUGUCAGAUCACUUGUACAUCAGGUUUAGGGUCUCCACAGCGCCCCCUGGGCGUCAAACUCGCACGGCGGGCGGCAGAGGCGUCUUCCCUAGGUGGCAGCUGUCACGUCUCGACGGAGACCUGGCAGAGGAGGCCGCAAUCGUCUCUGCGUGGGCCUCCGACCCCCCUCAAUCCUUGGGGGUCGGAGAAAGGGCUGCCAGGUUCCGUCGGGACUUGACGGCUAUUUGCGACGCGGCAAUGCCUAGGGCUCGACGCCUCGCGCCCCGAGAGGGGGUGUACUCACCGGGCACUCUCGAUCAAAAACGUUAUGAUUUACCUUAUCCAUCCUUUCUAGCUUACAGUGGAUACAGACUGGCUCCACUCCUGCUAGCCAAUUGUCACAUUUCAUCUUUUGGUGUCCCGGCAUCCCGCAGUGGCUACAGGUUUCGCUAG